AGAGAAAAAACUCUUAUGACACCAUUUAACAUUAGAUACAUACAUUCUGAAACUCUGCUGGGGUUUUGUUCUCAACAAGUUACAGAUGUAGAGCUGAAACGACUGAAAGAUGCCUUCAAGAGGACCUGUGGACUCUCAUAUUACAUGGGCCAGCACUGUUUCAUCAGGGAAGUGCUUGGGGAUGGAGUGCCUCCAAAAGUUGCUGAGGUGAUUUACUGUUCUUUUGGUGGUACAUCAAAGGGACUGCACUUCAAUAAUUUAAUAGUUGGACUUGUUCUUCUUACAAGAGGCAGAGAUGAAGAGAAAGCAAAAUAUAUUUUUAGUCUUUUUGCAAGUGAGUCUGGAAACUAUGUUACACGGGAAGAAAUGGAAAGAAUGCUCCAUGUGGUGGAUGGUAAAGUCCCAGAUACACUCAGGAAGUGUUUCUCAGAGGGCAGUCUGAACAGAGUCCCAUUGAGGUAUCUGAAUGAUCCAGCAACAUCUGGCCCUCACUCAACCUAUGUCCUAUUGUCUUCCAAAGAGAUUGACUUGCAUAGCCAUGUGAUGUCCUUUCUCAUCCUGGAUACAAUUUUUCUCCAGAGAUUUAGCAAGGGUGAAAAGGUAAACUAUGACAAGUUUAGAAAUUGGCUUCUUCUAAACAAAGAUGCUUUUACCUUCUCUCGUUGGCUGUUGUCUGGAGGUGUAUAUGUCACCCUCACUGAUGAUAGUGAUACUCCCACUUUUUACCAAACUCUGGCUGGAGUCACACAUUUGGAAGAAUCAGACAUCAUUGAUCUGGAGAAACGUUAUUGGUUGCUGAAGGCUCAAUCCCGGACUGGACGAUUUGAUUUAGAGACAUUUGGCCCAUUGGUUUCACCACCUAUUCGUCCAUCUCUAAGUGAAGGUUUGUUUAAUGCUUUUGAUGAAAAUCGUGACAAUCACAUAGAUUUUAAGGAGAUAUCCUGUGGGUUGUCGGCCUGCUGCAGGGGACCCCUGGCUGAAAGACAAAAAUUUUGCUUCAAGGUGUUUGAUGUUGAUCGUGAUGGAGUUCUCUCCAGGGUUGAACUGAGAAACAUGGUGGUUGCACUUUUAGAAGUCUGGAAGGACAACCGCACUGAUGAUAUCCCAGAAUUACAUAUGGAUCUAUCUGACAUUGUAGAAGGCAUAUUGAGUGCACAUGACACCACAAAGAUGGGCCAUCUUACUCUAGAAGACUAUCAGAUCUGGAGUGUGAAAAAUGUUCUUGCCAAUGAAUUUUUGAAUCUCCUUUUUCAGGUAUGUCACAUAGUUCUGGGGUUAAGACCAGCUACUCCAGAAGAAGAAGGACAAAUUAUUAGAGGAUGGUUAGAACGGGAGAGCAGGUAUGGUCUGCAACCAGGACACAAUUGGUUUAUCAUCUCCAUGCAGUGGUGGCAGCAGUGGAAAGAUUAUGUCAAAUAUGAUGCCAGCCCUGUUGUGAUUGAACCAUCAUCUCUUCUGAAUGGAGGAAAAUAUUCAUUUGGAACAACAGUACAUUCUGUAGAGCAGAGUGAAGAUAGAAUCGGAGGAAGCAGCCUCAGUUAUGUGAACACCACAGAAGAGAAAUUUUCAGACAAUAUUUCUACUGCAUCUGAAGCCUCAGAAACGGCUGGCAGUGGCUUUUUGUAUUCUGCCACACCAGGGGCAGAUAUGUGCUUUGCUCGACAACAUAACACUUCUGACAAUAACAACCAGUGUUUGCUAGGAGCCAAUGGGAAUAUUUUGUUGCAUCUCAAUCCUCAGAAACCAGGGGCUAUUGAUAACCAGCCACUAGUAACUCAAGAGCCAGUAAAGGCUACAUCAUUAACACUAGAAGGAGGUCGAUUAAAACGAACCCCACAGCUGAUCCAUGGAAGAGAUUAUGAAAUGGUCCCAGAACCUGUAUGGAGAGCACUUUAUCAUUGGUAUGGGGCAAACCUGGCCCUUCCUAGACCUGUGAUCAAGAAUAGCAAGACAGAAAUCCCAGAGCUGGAAUUAUUUCCUCGAUAUCUUCUGUUCCUGAGACAGCAGCCUGCCACUCGGACACAACAGUCUAACAUCUGGGUGAAUAUGGGUAUGAUGAGCCUGAGAAUGUUUCCUCAGCAUUUACCAAGAGGAAAUGUACCUUCUCCAAAUGCGCCAUUAAAGCGGGUCUUAGCCUACACAGGCUGUUUUAGUAGAAUGCAGACCAUCAAGGAAAUUCAUGAAUAUCUGUCUCAGAGACUGCGUAUCAAAGAAGAAGAUAUGCGCCUGUGGCUAUACAACAGUGAGAAUUACCUUACUCUUCUGGAUGAUGAAGAUCAUAAAUUGGAGUAUUUGAAAAUUCAAGAUGAGCAGCACCUAGUAAUUGAAGUUCGAAACAAAGAUAUGAGUUGGCCUGAGGAAAUGUCCUUUAUAGCAAACAGUAGUAAAAUAGACAGACACAAGGUUCCCACAGAAAAGGGAGCCACAGGUCUGAGUAACCUGGGAAACACAUGCUUCAUGAACUCAAGCAUCCAGUGUGUUAGUAACACACAGCCACUGACACAGUAUUUUAUCUCAGGGAGACAUCUUUAUGAACUGAACAGGACAAAUCCCAUUGGUAUGAAGGGGCAUAUGGCUAAAUGCUAUGGGGAUUUAGUACAGGAACUUUGGAGUGGAACUCAGAAGAAUGUUGCUCCAUUAAAGCUUCGGUGGACGAUAGCAAAAUAUGCUCCCAGGUUUAAUGGGUUCCAGCAGCAAGAUUCCCAAGAACUUCUGGCUUUUCUCUUGGAUGGUCUUCAUGAAGAUCUCAACCGAGUCCAUGAGAAGCCAUAUGUGGAACUGAAAGACAGUGAUGGCCGACCAGACUGGGAAGUAGCUGCAGAGGCCUGGGACAACCAUCUGAGAAGGAAUAGAUCAAUUGUUGUAGAUUUGUUCCAUGGACAGUUAAGGUCCCAAGUCAAAUGCAAGACAUGUGGUCAUAUAAGUGUCCGAUUUGAUCCAUUCAAUUUUUUGUCUUUGCCACUACCAAUGGACAGUUAUAUGCACUUAGAAAUAACAGUUAUUAAGUUGGAUGGUACUACCCCUGUACGUUAUGGACUAAGACUGAAUAUGGAUGAAAAGUAUACAGGUUUAAAAAAACAGCUGAGUGAUCUCUGUGGACUUAAAUCAGAACAAAUCCUUCUUGCAGAAGUACAUGGUUCCAACAUAAAGAAUUUCCCUCAGGACAACCAAAAAGUACGACUCUCAGUGAGUGGAUUUUUGUGUGCAUUUGAAAUUCCCAUCCCUGGAUCUCCAAUUUCAGCUUCUAGUCCAAUACAGACAGAUUUCUCCUCUUCUCCAUCUACAAAUGGAAUGUUAACCCUAACCACCAAUGGGGACCUGCCCCGACCAAUAUUCAUCCCCAAUGGAAUGCCAAACACGGUUGUGCCAUGUGGAACUGAGAAGAGCUUCACAAAUGGAAUGGUGAAUGGUCAUAUGCCAUCUCUUCCUGACAAUCACUUUAUAGGUUACAUUAUUGCAGUCCAUCGAAAAAUGAUGAGAACAGAACUGUAUUUCCUGUCAUCUCAGAAGAAUCGACCCAGCCUCUUUGGAAUGCCAUUGAUUGUUCCGUGUACUGUGCAUACCAGGAAGAAAGACCUGUAUGAUGCAGUUUGGAUUCAAGUAUCUCGAUUAGCCAGCCCACUCCCACCUCAGGAAGCUAGUAACCAUGCUCAGGAUUGUGAUGACAGUAUGGGCUAUCAAUAUCCAUUCACUCUACGAGUUGUGCAGAAAGAUGGGAACUCCUGUGCUUGGUGCCCAUGGUACAGAUUUUGCAGAGGCUGUAAAAUUGACUGUGGGGAAGACAGAGCUUUCAUUGGAAAUGCCUAUAUUGCUGUAGAUUGGGACCCCACAGCCCUUCACCUCCGCUAUCAAACAUCACAGGAAAGGGUUGUGGAUGAGCAUGAGAGUGUGGAACAGAGUCGACGAGCACAAGCUGAGCCCAUCAACUUGGACAGCUGUCUCCGUGCUUUCACCAGUGAGGAGGAGCUAGGGGAAAAUGAGAUGUACUACUGCUCCAAGUGUAAGACCCACUGCUUGGCAACCAAGAAGCUGGAUCUCUGGAGGCUUCCUCCCAUCCUGAUUAUUCACCUUAAACGAUUUCAAUUUGUAAAUGGUCGAUGGAUAAAAUCACAGAAAAUUGUUAAAUUUCCUCGUGAAAGUUUUGACCCUAGUGCUUUUUUGGUACCAAGAGACCCAGCUCUCUGCCAGCGGAAACCACUGACACCCCAGGGAGAUGACUUCUGUGAGACCAGGGUUCCAGCAGGAGAGGUGAAGAAAGUGGAUGCCCAGAACUCAGCUGGGGAAGAGGAUGUGCUCCUGAGCAAGAGCCCAUCCUCACUCAGCGCCAACAUCAUCUGUAGCCCUAAAGGUUCACCUUCCUCAUCAAGAAAAAAUGGAGCCAGCUGUCCCUCCAGCAAAAACAGCAGCCCUAACAGCAGCCCUCGGACUUUAGGGAGGAGCAAAGGGAGGCUCCGGCUACCCCAGAUCGGCAGCAAAAAUAAACUGUCGAGUAGUAAAGAGAACUUAGAUGCCAGCAAAGAGAAUGGGGCAGGGCAAAUUUGUGAGCUUGCUGAUGCCUUGAGCCGAGGGCACGUGCUAGGGGGUAGCCAACCUGAGCUGGUCACCCCUCAGGACCACGAAGUAGCUUUGGCCAAUGGAUUUCUUUAUGAACAUGAGGCAUGUGGCAAUGGCAAUGGCUACAGCAAUGGUCAGCUUGAAAACCACAGUGAAGAAGACAGCACCGAUGACCAAAGAGAAGAUAUUCAUGUUAAGCCUAUUUAUAAUCUGUAUGCAAUUUCGUGCCAUUCAGGAAUUCUGGGCGGGGGCCAUUACGUCACUUAUGCCAAAAACCCAAACAGCAAGUGGUACUGUUACAAUGACAGCAGCUGUAAGGAACUUCACCCUGAUGAAAUUGACACCGACUCUGCCUACAUUCUUUUCUAUGAGCAGCAGGGGAUAGACUAUGCACAAUUUCUGCCAAAGAUUGAUGGCAAAAAGAUGGCAGACACAAGCAGCAUGGAUGAAGACUUUGAGUCUGAUUACAAAAAGUACUGUGUGUUACAGUAAGCUACCACUCUGGCUGCUAGACAGGCUGGUGGUGAGGGAGAUGACUCCCUGUAGCUAACAUUUGGCAAAAGCGUCGCUGAAAGGCAAACUAAAUGUAGUUAUUUUAUCCUGUGACCCUGAAGCACAAAAUAAACACCCUAAUUAAAAUAGCAGUUAACAUAACAGUAGUGAUAAUUUUGUUUGGAAGUAUCUCACACAAGUUCUCUGGAAGAGAAUUUCAGGCAGAGUUCACCAUUAGCCUGUAAACAAAAGGGUUUGGCACCAGCCACCUGGGACCAAAUAAGAAUUAAAUUGUGCUUGUCCAGAUGUGAACAAAUAUGUAGUGAGUAUAGAGUUUACCAAUAAUCAUAACAAAAUACUAAGAAUUUCCUUGGAGUCAAAGUAAAACAAAAAAUUAUACUGUUGUCUGAGGACGACAUGAUAUGCUACCUCCUUUUUCCUGAAGUUUUAUUCCAUUGUAUUGACAAGAUGGAGAAAGCAAGAUCAUGAAGGUGUGCAAAGGAUUCUUAUGGCAUGGAUGUAGAUUUUUCCAUUUAUUUUUUAAAGUAUUUUCCUGCUCUUUUUAUAUCUUUCUUGCUUUUUGUUUUUGUUGUGUUUGUGUUUGAGACACAACCAGUCAUGGUGGCAGAGCCAUAUAUAGUAGUCAGUCUGAAAGGGAGAGUCUCUUAAGGGCUGUGUGCCUUCUACCCAGGGCCUUGGUUGGGAGACCCUAUAAAGAAAAAAAAAGCAUCCUGGGAAAUCCAGCUAAAAUGGCCUUCCAGAUAGAGGCAUCUUACUUUGGAGGAUACUCAAAGUGUCCUCAAGAAUGUGUUCCACCCCCGCUGCUGAGUGUGAUAGGGAAGUUGCCAAUAUUUGCACCAUCUUCACUUGCACAUGUUGCACAAAGAGCUUCUGAGAAGGAAAAGGGCGUCAAAGCUAA